AUGCCUGAUGAUGGUGGCAUUUAUGGUGGAUACGGAGGCGAUGGACUAGGUGGCUUUUAUGGUGGCGGUGGAUACGGUGGCGGUGGAAUCGGUGGAGGAUACGGUGGCGAUGGAUACGAUGGCGGUGUACUAGGUGGCCUUUAUGGUGGGUACGGUGGCAGUGGAAUCGGCGGCGGUGGAUACGGUGGCGUUGGAAUCGGUGAAGGAUUCGGUGGCGGUGGAUACGGUGGCGGUGGAAACGGUGGCCUUUAUGGUGGAUACAGUGGCGGUGGACUAGGUGGCCUUUAUGGUGGAUACGGUGGCGGUGGAAUCGGUGGCGGUGGUUACGGUGGCGGUGGACUAGGUGGCCUUUAUGGUGGAUACGGUGGCGGUGGAUACGGUGGCGGUGGGAUCGGUGGAGGAUACGGUGGUGGUGGAUAUAGUGGAGGAUACGGUGGCGGUGGAUACGGUAAAUACGGUCGCCGUUUUGGUGGACUCGGUCACUAA